AUGGAAGAAACAAGCAGCAUGCAAGAAUGUGUCAUCACCCCAACAACCUAUCGAGGGGUUCGCAAGAGAAAAUGGGGGAAAUGGGUGUCAGAAAUUAGGGAACCUGGUAAGAAAAAAAGAAUAUGGUUAGGGAGUUACGAGGAACCAGAAAUGGCAGCAGCAGCAUAUGAUGUAGCAUCCUUGCACUUCAAAGGACACGCUGCAAAGCUUAACUUUCCUGAAUUGGCUGAGACUCUGCCACGACCCGCAAGUUCUAGAGCCGAGGAUGUUCAACUUGCAGCUCAACAAGCAGCAUUCAAGUUCAAAAGACCAAUAACAUCAUCAUCUGAGGGAAGUGGCACUAAUAACAAUAAGGAUAACGUGGUUCCUGCGAGGGUGGGGUUGUCACCGAGUCAAAUUCAAGCCAUCAAUGAGUCUCCAUUGGAUUCACCAAAGAUGUGGAUGCAAAUGGCAGAGGCACUCAAGUUUGGGUUUGAUGAGUCAUCUAUGAUGCAUUAUCGUGAUGAUGUUUUAGAGUUGAGUGGAUGGGAAGAUAUACAGGAUGAGUCCAUAUGGGACUAUUAA